CAUGACGUUUACCCAGCUGAUUCGCCUCUGACUGACACUGUUGACCAGGGAGAUUUCCAGUUUGCUUUUUCCCGAAAGCUAUUGAAUAGGGAAAUCAUUAUAAGGAAGGACGUCUUAAUAAAGAACAGUUUUCCUAGGAUAAAUUCUAUUGCAAUAAAAGUAUACUGAACCUAGGCAAAUCAAAGACGCGUCGCUUGCAUCCAACAACAUGUCAGGCAAGGACAGGAUCGAAAUUUUCCCAUCCAGAAUGGCGCAGACCAUCAUGAAGGCACGCCUGAAGGGAGCCCAGACUGGACGAAAUCUCCUGAAGAAGAAGGCCGAUGCCCUCACCCUGCGCUUCCGGCAGAUCCUCCGAAAAAUCAUUGAGACCAAAACCUUGAUGGGAGAGGUGAUGAGGGAGGCUGCGUUCUCUCUGGCAGAAGCCAAAUUUGCUGCUGGAGAUUUCAGUACCACCGUCAUUCAGAACGUGAACAAAGCACAGGUGAAGGUCCGUGCCAAAAAGGACAAUGUAGCAGGUGUGACUCUGCCAGUGUUUGAACACUACCAAGAGGGAGGAGACAGCUAUGAGCUGACAGGCCUGGCCCGAGGUGGAGAGCAGUUGGCCAAGCUGAAGAGGAACUACGCCAAAGCUGUGGAGCUGCUUGUGGAGCUGGCAUCUCUGCAGACCUCCUUUGUGACGCUGGAUGAAGCAAUCAAGAUAACAAACCGCAGAGUGAACGCUAUAGAGCAUGUGAUCAUUCCCCGGAUCGAACGCACUCUGUCCUAUAUCAUCACAGAACUGGACGAGAGAGAGAGGGAGGAGUUCUACAGGUUGAAAAAGAUUCAGGAGAAGAAGAAGCAGAUCAAAGAGAGGACUGAGAAGGAGAGGCAAGCCCGCAUGGCUGCUCUGGGCACUGUGGCAGAGCCAGCGAAUCUCCUGACAGAGGAGAGGGAUGAAGACUUACUGUUUGAGUAGCUGUCUGUCCACCUGUACACUACCCCCAGGCCCUGAAUUAGAUGUACAUCUGUUAUUUAUUGUGAGACUUGUGUUGUAUUGCAGCAUAUCCAAAAUACUUUUUUUAAAUUGGUAUUAUACUUGUGUUCCCUUUGAAACUCUCUGGCAUUUGUCACUGCCAGAUCUUCUAGGGUUCAGGGCUUUCAGAUAUUUAAUUCUUAUUACACAGACAGUGAUGAAGGAAUAGUGUAUGAGGGCUUCUGUUAAUCUGACAGCUGCUCAGAAUCCUACAGGGUUAUAUAGCAUCUUCUAUUCCAAUUGGCAUCACAGUAGCACAGUUUUGCAGAUAAACAAGCUUAACAUUAAGCUCUGGGGCCUUGGUCUUUUACUUUGCUUUAAAAUACUCUACUUACUAAUACUUUAAAACAAGUGGGACAAUUUACAUUACACAAUAUUUUUCAGGAAAUGCUCAAAGUAUUUCAGUUGAAAAAGCAUUGGAUUACUAUAAUUAACUAAAAAGUAGGGACAAAAUAGAAGCCUAAGAAAGAAAAUGGACCGAGUUAUUGGUGAUGCAAAAAAAAACAAAAUCUGUGGAGAUCAGUGUGUUCUUGUAACAGUUAGGCUGAACAAUUUGUCUUUAUUAGGGACAACCAAAGCCUGGCUUUCAUUGUACCAUUCAUUUUAUGUCUAUGGUUUCUAUUGUAGUACUGUAGUACUGUAUUCAGUGUCAGUUACAAAAAUGGUAACAAGAGACCAAGUUCUGUGUGGUGAACUGGUUAGUUUUUAACUCUUAAGCACGUGAUUGAGUCUGAAUGGCAGUGGGACCUUUCCUAUGGUAUUGUAUUCUAUGACAACAAUAAGUGAAGCAUGACAGUUAUCGUUUCCUUCCUUGAUUGGAAAAAUACUAAAUAAAAUCACAGAAAUUGACAAAGUA